UAUUAACCUUAUGUAGACACACGUCGAAUAGAAUUAGCAUUAUUUAUUAGUAGCGUAAAUUAAAGAAACCGAUUCAGUUUGUGUUCACGCUCGGUUUGGUUCAGAAGCAACCAUGUCCUUCUUCAUAGUAUUAAGUUGUAUCGUUAUUAUACUCAUAGUUGUGAGUGUCUAUCAGAAGCUAACCAAUGCUUACUGCAAGUCUAAAGUGUCUUUGAAAGGCAAGACUGCAAUAGUAACCGGCGGGACGGCGGGAAUGGGACUCGAAAUAGCCAAAGAUUUCGCCAGAAGAGGUGCCCGUGUCAUCAUCGUCUGUCCGUUUGAACAUGAAGGCGAGAACGCUAGAGAAGAAAUUGUAAGAGAAACCAAAAAUGAAGACAUUGUCUUCCAACACUUGGAUUUAGGCUCGUUGAAAUCAGUUCGGAAAUUUGCCAAUAACAUACUCAAAACUGAAGAAAGACUCGACAUUUUAAUGAACAACGCCGGCGUCGGAAUACCAGCCGAUAUACUGACAGACGACGGGUUGCAUCUCAUCAUGCAAAUCAACUACUUCGGACACUUUCUCUUGACCAUACUACUACUGCCGCUUUUGAAGAAAACUGGUCAGAGCAGAGUGAUAAACACAGCGUCUGUCCUGCACUACAUCGGAACCUUUGACAAGCAUAGAUGGAACUGCACCGGACAAUACCUGGUCCGGGUUUAUGGGAACAGCAAGUAUUGUUUGAUACCAUUUUCGCGUGAGCUGACGAAAAGGCUCAAAGGCACCGGUGUAGUUGUCAACUGCGUGGACCCUGGGGCUGUUGGAACUCGGAUAUUCGACAGCAUACGCGUACCACUGCUUGGUAUCAUAGCUAGGGUUGGCUCCCACUGCAUUUUCAAAACGGUAGUGGAAGGUGCUCAGACGGCAAUUUAUGCGUCUGUCGAUGAAGCAGCCGGGUCGGUGAGCGGGGAGUAUUUCAAGAAUUGUAGACAAACUCGCGGUGUGUCGUCGGCGUAUGAUGAUGAACUGGCAUCAGCUGUUUGGAAGGAGUCAGUGAAGUGUGUGCAGCUCAGUGACGAGGAAUAUAGGAAGAGUUUUUAAAAUAUUUGGACUGAUAAUAUAAAUUACGGAUAAUUUACGGUUUCUUUUACAAUCUGACCAUCAUAAGGGCUAGUGCAUGCUGCAAGCAAAGUUUGGUGCUGAACAUUAGAAGGUGAUUGUGAUAAAUAAAAGUAGAUGGGGUUCAGUAUUUAUUUUGUGGGAGAUUAGUGGUGUUAGGGCAGGAAAUUUUGUUUCUAGUGGACAUUAUUCACGUUCGUGAUAUGGUCUUAAACGAAGGUUUUAGUUACUUUUACUGCGUAGGUAAGUAUUAAGUAUUAUUUAAACAUUAUAAUAAACGGUUAAAACUCUUUCAAAUCUCGCAUCGUCUCAGUAUUGGUACAAAAGUAUAUAAUCAUAAAUAAAUAAAACAAUUUA